AUGACACUCGACUUCCACACGAACAAAAAAAUCCUCGAAGAAGUAGCCAUCAUCCCUUCAAAGCGUCUCCACAACAAGAUCGCCGGAUUCUCGACCCAUCUCAUGAAGAGGAUCCAGAAAGGACCCGUCCGUGUCUCACUCAAACUCCAGGAGAAAGAGCGUGAGCAUCACAUCGAGGUCGAUAAGAAGACGCUAGACAUGCUUGCUUCCUUGGGAAUGGCGGAUUUGCCAGGUGUUGUUAAGGUGGAUCCUGUCUCCGUUGCUCCGGUUGCUGGAUUUGGCCGUGGGAGGAAGUUUUAG